AAAAAAUCCUUAACUUCCAUUCCUUUCAAGGGAAAACUCCUGUUUGGUCCAGAUCUAGAUAAAAUCAUUAGUCAAGCAACAGGUGGUAAAAGCACUCUACUACCACAGGCUAAACCCAGGUCCACCUUCCAAAGAGGUUUGCCUUCGGAGGUCAACACUUCCAGUUUGUUGCCCUUCCAUUCGGCCUGACGUCAGCUCCGCGGGUGUUCACAAAGGUGAUGUCAGCUGCGGUAGCGCCUCUCAGGAUUCAGGGCAUAUCGGUUACACCUUAUCUGGACGACAUCCUUCUGAAGGCACCGUCUCUACAGAAAGCCCAACAGACAUUGUCCCACACAAUUUUUGCUCUGACCCAACUCGGUUGGCUCAUCAACAACAAGAAGUCCAACCUGGUUCCGAGCAAUCGUCUCACCUUCUUGGGUCUGAUAUUCGAUACCAGUCUUCAACGGGUACUCCUCCCGCCAGACAGGAUCACCAACAUACACAAGUUGGUCCGUCAGCUCCUCAGCGCUCAACACAUCUCGGUCCGGUUCGCAAUGAAAGUUCUAGGAUCCAUGGUAGCGUCCAUGGAGGCAGUUCCAUUCGCUCAAUACCAUCUGAGAGAAUUACAGUGGAAUAUCCUAACUCAAUGGAAACGCAACAGUCUUUCUCAGAAAAUUCUUCUGCUACCGAAGACAAGAGUAUCCCUAGCGUGGUGGUUAAAUCAUCACAAUCUCUCUCAAGGUCGGUCUCUAGUGGAUCCGCAAUGGAAAAUUCUCACCACGGAUGCCAGCCUGAAGGGCUGGGGUGCAGUAUUUCAGGAUCAGACUACUCAAGGUGUUUGGUCGAAGCCAGAAACUCGUCUACACAUCAAUAUCCUAGAGCUGAGGGCAGUCCGCCUAGCAUUGCUACACUGGCAAUCACGGCUGCUGAACCAGGAUCUUCGGGUACAGUCCGACAAUGCCACCACAGUGGCUUAUCUCAACCAUCAAGGGGGCACUCGCAGUCGCCAAGCCCUGCAGGAAGCAGGGCGCAUUCUGACGUGGGCAGAGAAGAACAACAUUCGCCUAUCAGCGGUUUACAUUCCAGGGUUGGACAAUUGGCAGGCCGAUUACCUCAGUCGUCAGACCCUAGAUCCGGGCGAAUGGUCACUCCACGCAGAAGUUUUCUCAACCAUUACCAAGAAGUGGGGCGUGCCAGACGUCGAUUUGAUGGCGUCUCGAUCCAACAGACAAGUUCAACAAUUCAUAGCGAGGUACAGAGAUCCUCUAGCUCUAGCAGUCGACGCACUGACCACACCAUGGAGAUUUCGACUCGCAUAUGUGUUUCCUCCACUUGCCCUUCUUCCACGAGUGAUACGAAAGGUUCAAAGAGAAAGAUGCACGGUGAUUCUCAUAGCACCACGCUGGCCUCGAAGAGCGUGGUUCUCAGAACUAACGCAGCUAGCGGGAGACAACUGGUGGUCUCUUCCCCCUCGUCCAGAUAUCCUACGACAAGGGCCGAUUCGGCAUCCCAACCCAGGGAUGCUGAAUUUGACGGCAUGGCUGUUGAAACACUAAUCCUCAAAAAGAAAGGGUUCUCGGACAACGUGAUUCGCACCAUGAUUGCUGCAAGAAAACCUGUUUCAUCAAAGACAUAUCACCGGGUAUGGCGCUGCUAUAGAGAUUGGUGUGCUCAACAAAAACUUUCCUUCACAAUUUUUACAGUACCCCGGCUGUUGCAAUUUCUUCAGACGGGUCUGGAUAAAGGGCUAUCUCCAGGAUCGCUUAAGUCACAAGUCUCGGCUCUCUCCAUCCUUUUUCAAAGAAAAAUCGCAAAUCUUCCAGAUGUCCGUACUUUCCUACAGGGUGCCAUCCACAUGGCCCCACCAUACCGGGAACCUAUCCCUCCAUGGGACCUCAAUUUGGUACUACGAGCACUUCAAGGUCCUCCAUUUGAACCCCUGGCGACAAUUCCCCUGACAUGGUUAACCUGGAAAGUGGUUUUUCUUAUUGCCAUUUCAUCCGCUCGCAGAGUGUCAGAACUGAGCGCACUGUCAUGCCAAUCGCCCUUCCUCAUUUUUCACUCGGAUAGAGCGGUUCUCCGUACUACUCCUUCAUUCUUACCUAAAGUGAUUUCGGAGUUCCACAUCAAUCAGGACAUUACAAUUCCAUCUUUUUGUCCACGCCCCAAGUCACCGAAGGAAGUUGCACUUCACGCACUUGAUCCCGUACGGGCAUUGAAAUUCUACUUGGACCGUACCAAGGACAUCCGCAAAUCUUCGUCCUUAUUUGUGUUACUGUCAGGGGCCCACAAAGGUUCCCCAGCAUCCAAGACUACUAUCUCUAGAUGGAUUCGAGAGGCCAUUCGCAGAGCUUAUGUGGCUAAGGGAAAAAGUCCUCCGAUGAAUCUCAGAGCACAUUCUACAAGAGGUAUCAGUACUUCUUGGGCUUUCAGGAACAGAGCCUCAGCAGAACAGGUCUGCAAAGCAGCCACUUGGGCGUCCUUACACGCAUUCACAAAAUUCUACAAAUUCGAGGUCUUUGCGGCAUCUGGGGCUCUUUUUGGCAGGAAGGUUCUGCAGGCCGCAGUCAUCUAAACAACAGUGGCCUCGUUUCCUCCCGCCCUACAUUGGGACAGCUUUGGUAUGUCCCCAAGGUCCCUGUGUCCCACAGACACCUGCAAGAGAAAAGGGGAUUUUGUGAUACUCACCGUUAAAUCCUUUUCUCUUCAGAAGUCUGUGGGACACAGGGCUUCCCGCCCUGGAAACGGGCCAUCUGAACUCCGCACAGCCAUUAAAAACCAGUUUUUGUACAUAGUUAUAUUCAUGUUACAAGUAUUAUCUUGGUUAUACAAAACUGUUAGUCCUCCAGUAUGAUUGGGGGUAUAGCAUGAGAGGGGUGGAGUCAGA